GGGGCGCGGGGACGCGGGCCGCGGUAGCCCGGGUGCUGGGGGUGUUCGGCUCCCCUGCGGCUGCCUUUCUGGCUCCCUGGGGAGCCGCGCUCAGGAGCAGACAUCUGAGGCAGGGGUCCCCACUUUCUGCCGCCGGGGUGGGGCACAGGGGAGCAGACAGGCUGCGCAUUCUGGGGCUGAGCGUUCAGCGCAAAGUGGAAGCCCCAGGAUGGAUGACACCCUGACCAGCGCAGCACCUGGUGCGGAGGAAGCCAGCCUCGGAGCAACAGAGCCGGGACCUGUGCGGCCGCAGGGGGGUGCUGCAUGAGGGGCCGCAGGGGCGACCGCAUGACCAUCAACAUCCAGGAGCACAUGGCCAUCAACGUGUGCCCCGGGCCCAUCCGGCCCAUCCGGCAGAUCUCUGAUUACUUCCCUCGCCGGGGACCAGGACCCGAAGGGGGCGGCAGGGGAUGCGGGGAGGCCCCUGCCCAUCUGGCCCCCCUGGCUCUGGCCCCCCCUGCAGCUCUCCUUGGGCCCACCACACCCGAGGAUGGAGCUGAGGUGGACAGCUACGACUCGGAUGACACCACUGCCCUGGGCAUGCUGGAGUUCGACCUUCUCUAUGACCGGGCUUCUUGCACUCUGCACUGUAGCAUCCUCAGGGCCAAGGGCCUCAAGCCCAUGGACUUCAAUGGCCUCGCGGACCCCUAUGUCAAGCUGCACCUGCUGCCUGGGGCCUGCAAGGCCAACAAGCUAAAAACGAAGACUCAGAGGAACACCCUGAAUCCUGUGUGGAACGAGGACCUGACAUACAGCGGGAUCACGGAUGAUGACAUCACUCACAAGGUGCUCAGGAUCUCCGUCUGCGACGAGGACAAGCUGAGCCACAACGAGUUUAUCGGGGAGAUCCGAGUGCCCCUCCGCCGCCUCAAGCCUUCGCAGAAGAAGCAUUUUAACAUCUGCCUCGAGCGCCAGGUCCCGCUGGCGUCACCCUCCUCCAUGUCUGCAGCGCUGCGGGGCAUCUCCUGUUACCUGAAAGAGCUGGAACAGGCCGAGCAGGGGCCCGGGCUCCUGGAAGAGCGUGGGCGCAUCCUGCUGAGCCUCAGCUACAGCUCUCGGCGCCGGGGGCUGCUGGUGGGCAUCAUUCGCUGCGCCCACCUGGCUGCUAUGGACGUCAACGGCUAUUCUGAUCCUUAUGUGAAGACGUACCUGAGACCAGAUGUGGACAAGAAAUCCAAGCACAAAACAUGUGUGAAGAAGAAGACGCUAAACCCGGAAUUUAAUGAGGUAAAUACGGCAGGGACCAGAAAUUGUGAGUGGGGACAGGAAUGGAGGGGGAAAGGGCCUGACGUUGGGCCCGGCUCCUCCUGCCCUCAGGAAUUUUUCUAUGAGAUGGAGCUGUCCACACUGGCCACCAAGACUCUGGAAGUCACCGUCUGGGACUAUGACAUCGGCAAGUCCAAUGACUUCAUAGGUGGCGUGUCCCUGGGGCCAGGCGCCCGAGGAGAAGCACGCAAGCACUGGAGCGACUGCCUACAGCAGCCCGACGCGGCCCUGGAGCGCUGGCACACCCUGACCAGCGAGCUGCCCCCUGCGGCCGGGGCGCUGCCCUUGGCCUGAGUGACCAGCAGCUGUCCACGCAGGCUCCCGGGCCGGGUCCAGUACCCAACCUUCGCACGAGUGUGUUGCACGUUUACACGGGGUGGGGUGCUCCUGCCCCGCACUACCUGUCUUAUUCUUGUGAGAGUCUCUGUAACCGUGGGUCUGUCUUCUUGUGAGGGACUGGAGAUCUUUAUUCACAUAUGCAAAUUCCUCUCGCCUGACGCGCUGUUACCUGCAAAUAUGCAAACCGCCCUCCGCACACCCAGGGGGGCACCCCACC